CGACUAUGACACGUGGAGAUGAGUCGUUCAAUGAGGAUAUCAGGGAUGUUCCUAUGAAAUGGUACGAGACGCCAUCAUUUGUGACCUUGUCAUCAGGAUGCAAAGGUCAAGACCCUCUUGGCAUGGAAAGCGGUCUAAUAACAAGACAGCAGCUUAAGGACACCUCUUCAUCGUAUAAUAAAUUCCACGGUCCAGAGAAUGGCAGGCUAAAUUUCGCAAGGGCAAGAGGAAGGACUGGUUCCUGGUCAGCAGCAACCAAUGACGAAAAUCAAUACCUCCAAGUCGAUUUUCUUCGAAACGUGAAACUGAGAAAAUUUGCMACACAAGGUCGACCAGAUUCUCCUCAGUGGGUAACAAAGUACAAGCUGACAUAUAGUCCCGAUGGCUCCUCGCCUGCCUUCGAAACUUAYCAAGAAAAUGGAGUCGAUAAGAUCUUCGAGGGAAAUACUGAUCAGAACACCGUCGUCACUCAUACCCUAGAAGGACCAAUCAAAGCCCGAUAUGUACAGAUMAAGCCAGUCGAAUGGAAAGGUCAUAUCUCCAUGAGAGCAGAGUUUUAUGGAUGCGUUCUAUCGAACCGCUAUCAAGUACUGGGUCGAAAUGUUCACAUGGAUUACGUUAAAGAACAUCUGAGGACAAAGGAAGGAGUGGAUUUUGGAGACACCCAAACACGUCCUAACAACAUCGAACUUGAAGUGCUCGCCGAUACCAUCUAUGUUCGCGGAGUCGUCCAAAUGCGCGGUAUAAGUAAGCUAAAGAUGUUCAGUCGGAGAGUAAUCUUUUUAAAGAACAGUAAACUGGAUCUCAGAGCUCCUGUUCUAUCGCAAACUAACCCCACAUUAAGCGCUGGGCAAGAUGGAAACGACGGAAAACACGGUGUUGACGGACCAAAAGUUAAAAUUUUUGCCGAUUCAUCACGAGGCUACUUGAAUAUUGAGUCAAGUGGAGGAAAUGGAAACCGAGGUCAAAAUGGUGCACCAGGAAGGAAAGGAGCCGACAGCCAACAUAGGCAACCGAGCAGGUCAGGAACUGACUGCACAAAUCAUGCAGGAAGAAACGUUUUUAAUCACCGAAUCUCAAGGUGCAAUAAUGUUAAUGGCCUAAAGGGGGUAAGAGGAGCCAAUGGYGGCAUGGGUGGAUACGCUGGAAGAUCAGGCAAUGGAGGAAACGCUGGUCGUCAAGGUAUAUACAUAAGGAAAAUAACAGGAAAAAUGGAGCUUAAAACGUGCCGUGGAAGUGGAGGUCAGGCAUCUGCAAAUGGAGAAGGUGGUGCAGGYGGUCUUGGAGGACAAGGAGGAAAUGGAAUUAAGUGCACAUUUUGGGARCGUUGUAGYUGGAGUGGUUUUUCAUGUUCUAGCCGCUGUGACACCAACGGUGCAUUACCCCAAGGACCCCGAGGAGACACGGGGAGUAAAGGGCAAAACGGACAAGGCUUGGUUGGAGCUGGCGCAGACGGUGAAGUUGACAUUUCUUAUCUUAAUAAAAAGAAACUGACAAAAAAAGGGAGAAAAAAGUAUCCAUUAGCUUUAAUCAAACUCAUGACAAGAUUGGCCGAAGACCGUGUCUGGGCGAAUGAUCUUGGARUGGCAAGAUCAGUGUUUCAAUUUGUCGUUCGACUGACGGCAAGGAGAAAGGAUGCAAAGAGCCUUGAAAAAUUUGCAAAGCACAGGUUAGCCUUCUUCAACAAGGAAGGAUUUGACAGAUUUGGAAGAAAUAAGUUAUUUGCCCCAUUGAUGAAAUGGGAAGCUUUCAGGCAACAAGUUGUCCAAAUUAGAAAUUACGCCAGAGAUUAUGAAACUGCGUAUAAUGGAAUCAAGGCAUCUAUARAAAGGGGGGAUGGUAUAAGGCAGAUACUGAGAGCACUUCCUCAGUCAGCCGUGGUUCAAGUUAGCAAAGAGAAAGACAGACUUAUUGAAGCAAGGAGGAUAUCRCUAACCGAGAAAGGGGCCUACGUACCGGCCAUAAAGGAACUGGARUCAAGCAUGGAAGGUCUUUUAGCAGAUGUAGUGAAACAAGUCCCUGACGUCCAYGAAGCGUCAAAAUUUACCAAACAGGACAUGUUUGCAAUAUUGCAAGGCAUUGCUGGGUUUCUAAGUGGAGUUGCGGGAGGAGACCCAUUCGCAGCUCUUGGUGCUGCURUUGAAACAGCUGRACACUUUGCGACAAAGUGCAACACUGGUACUCUGCAAGAUAUUUUGGGCAAUGUUAAUAAAUGGAUGACUUUUGGUAAGGCUUACAAGGAGCUGGAGGAUUCUAGCGAACUGGAUUUUGAUAAAAUGGAUGUUGGUGCCGUCCCUGAAGUAAUGCAGAUGUAUGUCGAGCUCUACGGUCCUAAUUCUCAGAAUUUCACUAAUCACAUGCCAGGAAGGGUGCAUUUGAAAGUACGGCAUGAGAGCGCUUCAUAUUUCAAAGAUGGUCAAGGCAACAUUAAAGAGUUCCGUCAGAAGUUGGGAACUACUUCGUGGCGAAAGUUUGAAUUUGACCGCUUUACGACCACAGACACAGCCAAAUGCAAUGCAGAAAAGCAAAAAGGAAGGAGAUUCUCGAUGAAUUCUUUCCAAAUCCUAUCAGCGCUAGUUUUACUAACCAUUCUGGAUCAUGGAGUGGGACAAGCUGUAGAUGAUGGUUCAUGUGUGACUAUGACACGUGGAGAUGAGUCGUUCAAUCAAGAUAUCAGGGAUGUUCCUAUGAAAUGGUACGAGACGCCAUCAUUUGUGACCUUGUCAUCAGGAUGCAAAGGUCAAGACCCUCUUGGCAUGGAAAGCGGUCUAAUAACAAGACAGCAGCUUAAGGACACCUCUUCAUCGUAURAUAAAUUCCACGGUCCAGAGAAUGGCAGGCURAAUUUCGCAAGGGCAAGAGGAAGGACUGGUUCCUGGUCAGCAGCAACCAAUGACGAAAACCAAUACCUCCAAGUCGAUUUUCUUCGAAACGURAAACUGAGAAAAUUUGCCACACAAGGUAGACCAGAUGCUGCUCAAUGGGUAACAAAGUACAAGCUGACAUAUAGUCCCGAUGGCUCUUUGCCUGCUUUCGAAACAUAUCAAGAAAAUGGAGUCGAUAAGAUCUUCGAGGGAAAUACUGAUCAGAACACCGUUGUCACUCAUACCCUGCAAGGAACAAUCAAAGCCCGAUAUGUACAGAUAAAGCCAGUCGAAUGGCACGGUCAUAUCUCCAUGAGAGCAGAGUUUUAUGGAUGCGUUCUAUCGAACCGCUAUCAAGUACUGGGUCGAAAUGUUCACAUGGAUUACGUUAAAGAACAUCUGAGGACAAAGGAAGGAGUKGAUUUUGGAGACACCCAAAUACGUCCUAACAACAUCGAACUUGAAGUGCUUGCUGAAACCAUCUAUGUCCGCGGAGUCGUCCAAAUGCGUGGUAUAAGUAAGCUAAGGAUGUUCAGUCGGAGAGUAAUCUUUUUAAAGAACAGUAAACUGGAUCUCAGAGCUCCUGUUCUAUCGCAAACUAACCCCACAUUAAUCGCUGGGCAAGAUGGAAACGACGGAAAACAUGGUGUUGACGGACCAAAAGUUGAAAUUAUUACCGAUGUAUCACGAGGCUACGUAAAUAUUGAGUCAAGUGGAGGAAAUGGAAACCAAGGUCAAAAUGGUGCACCAGGAAGAAGAGGAGACGACAGCCAACAUAGGCAACCGAGCAGGUCAGGAACUGACUGCACAAAUAAUGCAGGAAGAAACAUUUUUACGCACCGAAUCACAAGUUGCAAUAAUGUUAAUGGCCUAAAGGGGAUAAGAGGAGGCAAUGGCGGCAUGGGUGGAUACGCUGGAAGAUCAGGCAAUGGAGGAAACGCUGGUCGUCAAGCUAUUUUCGUCAGAAAAAUAAUAGGAAAAAUAGAGAUUAAAACCUGCCGUGGAAAUGGAGGUCAGGCAUCUGUAAAUGGAGAAGGUGGAGCCGGUGGUCUUGGAGGACAAGGAGGAAAUGGAAUUAAGUGCAGAUUUUGGGAGCGUUGUGGUUUCGUUGCUUCAUGUUCCAGUGGCUGUAACACCAACGGAGCAUUAGGUCAAGGACCCCGAGGAGACACGGGGAGUAAAGGGCAAAACGGRCAAGGCUUGGUUGAGGCUGGCUCAGRCGGCGAAGUUGAAAGUUCUUAUCUUCGUCAAAAGAAACUAAUUAAGAGGGCGAGAAGAAGAUAUCCAUUGGCUUUAAUCAAACUCAUGACAAGAUUGGCCGAAGACCGUGUCUGGGCGAAUGAUCUUGGAGUGGCAAGAUCAGUGUUUCAAUUUGUCGUUCGAUUGGCAGCAGGGAGAGAAGAUGCAGAGAGCCUUAAGAAAUUUGCAAAGCACAGGUUGGCCUUUUUCAACAAGGAAGGAUAUGACAGAUUUGGAAGAAAUAAGUUAUUCGCUCCAUUAAUGAAAUGGGAAGCUUUCAGGCUUCAAGUAGUCCAAAUUAGGGAUUACGCCAGAGAUUAUGAAACUGCUUAUAAUGAAAUCAAGGCAUCUGUAGAAAGAGGAGAUGGUAUAAGGCAGGUACUGAGAGCACUUCCUCAGUCAGCCGUGGUUCAAGUUAACAAAGAGAAAGAAAGACUUAUUGAAGCAAGGAGAAUAUCACUAACCGAGAAAGGGGCCUACGUACCGAACGUGUUUCAACGUCCGUUUGCUAAAGGUAAGGUUUCUACGCAUAAUUAUGAUCCUUGA